AUGGACGCUACUAUUGAUAUAAAGACGGCCCAGGAGGCUAAUGUGGUCAAAUUCCUCGAUCACCAGGAAGGCCGUGUUCGUCUCGAAAUCGAGGAGUUCCUCGGAGACAAUCACAUGACCAAUAUUUUCCUCCUGGCUUUGGAAGCCAUACAUCAGGAAGCAAUGGAGCCGGUGGACAAGCAGAAUUGGUGGACAGCCUACAGUCUGGGAGGAAUCCAUGGAUCUCCCAGGGAAAAGUGGAACGGGGUCGAAUUUAGCACGGCAGACCCAAAGAUCUCUCCAUAUGGGUACUGCACCCAUGGCAUGCUCAUGUUCCCGACCUGGCACCGUGUCUACAUUGGCAUGUUUGAGCAAGCCGUCGCAAACAAGGUCCGAGAGAUCGCAGAGAGCUUCGGGGACGACGAGGGCCGCCUGUCGUACCUGAGUGCAGCGGAUCGAUUCCGAUUGCCGUACUGGGAUCCUACACUGCCCCGAAACGAGGGCAAUGGUACCAACGAGGAAUUCAGUGAAGGGAUCUGGGGAUUUCCCUUGAUAUUUCGCCAGCGCAAGGUUUGGGUAAAGAGGCCCCACAGCAAAAUGGCCGCGCAUAUCCACAACCCUCUGUUCAGCUUUGCACUGCCUGAUGAAGAUCUCCUCAGAGCGAACGGCCGGUCAGUUUUGGAAGCAUACAAGCACAUGCCAAAGGAUGGCCUCCUCGGGACCAUUAGAUGUCCCGAUCAGCAUGGAUAUCCCAGCUUGCAUACCAAUGACUACCCGGUGGCUCCCAAGGGUGCGAAUGGGUUAUCCCCUAAUGCACCAAUCGAGAAGAGUGAUAGGAUCAACCUCGACCUCAAGGUUCAGCGACAGGCAAAGUCACUCAGCACGAAGCUGUGGAAGCUGCUCAGCCCUCAUGUCGACAAUGGGGCGAAUAGGCAGCGGGACUGGUCGGCAUUUGCCUCUCACUUCAAGUACGAACGGGAUGGUACCAUUGUUACUGAACCGUUCAAAGGCCUGCCGAAGGAAAUGGAAGAAUAUUUCAAACGUGACUUGAAUGAGGAAGUGAAGCCAGGAGAUAACUUCUUUAUCUUCCAGGACUCUGGUGUCUCUUUGGAAAGUUGGCACGAUGAUAUUCAUCUGCUGGUUGGAUGUGGUGAUAAAGUGGCUGGCCACAUGGGUCUCCCCCUCGCACGCUGCCCUAACGUAGCUGAGGGGAUCAACAUUGAUCGUAUCUUUGCCAUCUAUCAAGCCUUGUACCCGGAGAAGUGGUUUCCUUCAACUGGUACACAGCGGGCUGAUAGCGCCUUGUUUCCAUUCCGGAAAACAUUGGGCAAUGAUGAAGAUUCCUUCUGGGAUUCGAACGAUGCGCGCGACUGGGAGGGCCUUGGGUUUGCCGUUCCAGGUGAUGACAAGUGCCUGACUGAGGAUGGCUUGAAGAGUCUCCGCCACCACCUGUUCGACUAUUAUGGGUGGAGCGCCAAAGGCGUAAAACCUCCAGAAGCCGUUUGCGAACUAUGGCCUAAAGAUCUCAGCUCCUCUUUUGCCCUUAAGGGUCCGAAAAAUGUCAAGAACGUUGAGAAGCCCAUCUUAGUGUAUGAGGCCAUUGCGGGAUCUCAUCUGGUGACCCGCACAAUCGACCUGACCACCGCAGUCCAUGGCCAGAAGCUGAAGGUGACCGAUAAGCUUCGCACUAUCGGAAUCGACUCCAGGCCCGACGACGAGUCGAUCAUCAACUACAACAGCGCCAUAUUGCCAACGAAAGACAAGAGGCGAUUCACUUGGAAUGCACGGCUUAGCGUGCGCAAGUUUGCCUUUGAUGGGUCCUUCAAUAUUCACCUAUUCAUCGGAGAGGUCAAGGAUCAUCAGCCCGAGAGAUGGUUGACCAAGAAGAACGAAGUUGGCUUCUCCGCGGUUUUUGCCAGCACACUUGACGCACCUUGUUCGAACUGUCGCAAGCAGGCAGCCGAAGGCGCCGUCUAUAUCGACACUAUCCCCAUCACCCCCGCUUUGGCUGCUUACCACAAGGACAACAUCAGCACCCAAGAUUGUAUCGCAGCUGAGUUGAGAGUCCUUGAUAACUUCUCAGUCGAAGAGGUCAAGAGCUUCCUCAGGAAGAACCUCUCCUGGCGGCUAACAAGAGCCAACUCUGAGGAGAUCACGGACGAGCAGGAAAUUCUCGAUAGUGGAUUGACUAUCUGCGUGGGCUUCCGCGAAUUUUCAGUUCCCACCGACGAGAAUCCCUUGGGAAUUUACCAAGAUUUUAUCCCCAUUGUUGACAUUACCAAGGAAAAGCUUGGUGGCUGGGGCUAUGGAGACAAAUAG